ACAAGGAUAGAGAACAAGUAACAUUCCAACCCAGCUUACAUUGCAACAAACAUGGCCGAAGUGCCAGAAACCCACGUUUUGGCAGUUGCCAGCCAUGUAGCCUAUGGCUAUGUCGGCAACACCAUGGCCACCUUUGUCAUGCAAGCUCUUGGCUGUGAGGUCUCGGCCAUCAACACAGUCCAAUUCAGCAAUCACACCGGAUACAAGCAGUUCAAGGGACGCAAGACCCCUGCGGAAGAGGUGGCCGAGUUAUACGAGGGCUUGAAACAAUCGCGGUUGAAUGACUUUGACGUCUUGUUAUCUGGCUACUGUCCCAGUGCUGGUGUCGUUCAGCAAGUCGGCAAGAUAGCCAGAGAGACCAGGUUCGCCUCGACAACAAAGCCUGGUGCUUUCUUUUGGGUACUUGACCCUGUGAUGGGUGACGAGGGCAAGAUAUAUGUCAGUGAAGAAGUGGUGCCCGCCUACAAGAGUCUGCUGAGAGAUGCCGACCUCAUCUUGCCGAACCAGUUCGAAGCCGAACUUCUUUCGGGUGUCACAAUCACCGACUUUAAAUCUCUUGCAGAGGCCAUUCGCGUGCUCCACCGUUCGCACCGAGUCCCGCAUAUCAUCAUCACCUCCGUCCGUCUCCCUCAUGACGAGGACGGACAAGAGCCCGAGCUCUCCAUUGUAGGAUCUACGGCUGAUUCGGACUUCAAUCCUCGUCUGUUCCGCUUGAAAGUACCCGCUUUCCCCGUCUUCUUCUCUGGAACUGGCGACAUGUUUGCUGCAUUGAUGGUAGCAAGACUACGUGAAGCAUGUCUUGCUGCAGACCUUUUGUCUACUGCUCAUUGGCAAUCACCGGACGAGGUAGCAGCGACCGAGCUACCACUGGCAAAAGCUGCCGAAAAGGUCCUUGCGAGCAUGCACUUGGUACUCAAGAAAACCAUGGAAUCAAGGCAGCAGGAAUUGGAAAAGAUGGAGAGUGCUCAGGAGUUCAACACCGGCAUUGGUGAAGAGGCAGACAAGGACAAUGAGCGCGACAAGUAUCUACGCCUUACCAAGGCAGCUGAAGUCAGGGUCGUCAGGAACUGGAAAGACUUGGUAUAUCCUCCAGACAUUGAGGCCUUCAAGGCACAUGCAGUCAACGUCGAGCUGAGUACCAACGCCUCUGUCGAACCUGACGAGCUCGGAGUCGUCAAUAUGGGCACUGGUGGAGAGAUUGGACAAGGCGCAGUUCACCAGACUUGAUCGAGCAUGUGAGUUUUGUAUUCGCCUUUUGCAUUAUGACCGUCUCGCACCACAUAGCCUCUAAUCCGAGAUAGAAUCGUUUCAAACAUUCCAAUACACCCCUGUCUAGCGUUCCUGCUUUUCCUUGUACGCCGGUCAUCCCAUGAUUUGCCAAGUUCGUAUUCC